UCCGCGCUCUGCCCUCCGCGCCGCCCGCCGUCUGGGCUCCGCCGCCUCGCCCCGGACUCAGGUGACAGUGGGGACAUGUCUCGGGAGCUGCAGGACGUGGACCUCGCCGAGGUGAAGCCUCUGGUGGAGAAAGGGGAGACUAUCACCGGCCUCCUGCAAGAGUUCGAUGUUCAGGAGCAGGACAUCGAGACUCUACAUGGCACCCUCCACGUCACGCUGUGUGGUACCCCCAAGGGAAAUCGGCCUGUCAUCCUCACCUACCACGACAUUGGCAUGAACCACAAGACCUGCUACAACCCGCUCUUCAACUCGGAGGACAUGCAGGAGAUCACCCAGCACUUUGCCGUCUGCCACGUGGACGCCCCUGGCCAGCAGGACGGCGCUGCCUCCUUCCCUGCGGGGUACAUGUACCCCUCCAUGGACCAGCUGGCCAUGAUGCUGCCCGGCGUCCUUCAGCAGUUUGGACUGAAAAGCAUUAUUGGCAUGGGGACCGGAGCAGGCGCCUAUAUCCUCACUCGAUUUGCUUUGAACAACCCCGAGAUGGUGGAGGGCCUGGUGCUCAUCAACGUGAACCCCUGUGCAGAAGGCUGGAUGGACUGGGCCGCCUCCAAGAUCUCGGGAUGGACCCAAGCCCUUCCAGACAUGGUGGUGUCCCACUUCUUUGCGAAGGAGGAGAUGCAGAAUAACGUGGAGGUCGUCCACACCUACCGCCAGCACAUUGUCAACGACAUGAACCCCAGCAACCUGCACCUGUUCAUUAAUGCCUACAACAGCCGGCGGGACCUGGAGAUCGAGAGGCCGAUGCCUGGGACCCAAACAGUCACCCUGCAGUGUCCUGCUUUGCUGGUGGUCGGGGACAACUCGCCGGCCGUGGAUGCCGUGGUGGAGUGCAACUCGAAAUUGGACCCCACGAAGACCACGCUCCUCAAGAUGGCGGACUGUGGCGGCCUCCCCCAGAUCUCCCAGCCUGCCAAGCUCGCUGAGGCCUUCAAGUACUUCGUGCAGGGCAUGGGAUACAUGCCCUCGGCCAGCAUGACCCGCCUGAUGCGUUCCCGCACAGCCUCAGGCUCCAGUGUCACCUCCCUGGAGGGCACCCGCAGCCGCUCCCACACCAGCGAGGGCACCCGCAGCCGCUCCCACACCAGCGAGGGCACCCGCAGCCACUCCCACACCAGCGAAGGUGCCCGCCUGGACAUCACCCCCAACUCCGGAGCCACCGGGAAUAGCGCGGGGCCCAAGUCCAUGGAGGUCUCCUGCUAGGUGGCUGUGGGGUGAGCCCCCUGGACUUUGGACUGCUGUAGCUGCCCCUCCUGCCCCUACCCCCUGCCUGCCACAUGCACAUAACUUGGUAUUAAUUAAUCCAAAGCUUAUUUUGUAAGAGUGAGCUCUGGUGAGGACGAGGUUAGAUUGGGCUUGGGGACCUAACUGAGAGCGGCCGGGGACCAAGGGGAAGGAAGCAUGCAGCGGCCUGUGUCCAUGAGCCAGUGGCCUGGUGGUCACUGCCCACCCCUCAGAGACGCCCAACUGCCCCAAACAGGAAACCCUUCCUCUGCCCAGGUGACCCAGCAGCCGGUUCUCACGGGCACUCUGUCCGGAGCCCGGUCUGCCUCCUUCCUGUUUCCUCCCCCACUAGACAGAAACUGACCCCUUUUCUAGAAGCAAAACCCUCUCUGACUUGGGGAGAGGGGGAGCAGCAGGGCGGUGGGCUCUCUUCAGCAGCCAAAACAGGAAAUGGGGAAAGGUGGAAUUUAGGUGGUGACCAGAAGCCUUUGGAAAAAAAGAAUCUGCCUACGACCUUUAGGAAGUAGAUUGUUCAAGCUUGUACCUCUCUGCGCUUUCUGGGCUGAUGCCUGCCGGCCUUUGUCCUUCGUACGGACCAUGAAAGAGCUCACAACCGCCGGCUUUGUAGAGAAUCGGGCUUGGCAGGUGCUGGGCCUCGUGGAUUUCAGGCUCUGGCUCUGCCUGCUGCCGCCGCCUCGCAGCAGCUGCCCACCCCGCGGGAGGUUGCCGGUCCCGGGCAGGCCAGCCAGAGUCAGGAGUGUUCUUUGAAGUGAAGGGAAGGCUCCCAACUGCUGUGCUGCUGGGAGGACUCUCCAUGCAGUGGGGGGUAGGGGUAGGGCCUGGGGAGGUUUUCGGGGACUAGAUGUCUGGGAUUCUUGUGGUUGUGACGGAGCCAGCGCGAUGGUGAUUUCAGGCUGCCCAUCCCGGUCCCCGGGACGCUAGCGCGAUGGAGUUCAGUCCAGCUUCCGACCUUUGAUGAAUCUGAACUGGAGGACGGGACGUCUCUGACCUGGUGCCAUUGCAGGGUCUCAGGCGGAACUGUGCGUGCGGGCCGGGGCUGGGGACCCACGUGGGUGUGCUCUGGACGGUAGAUUCCAGGGGAGUCCCUCCCCGCUCCAGCUGGCCCUCCCCCACCCCUCUAACCUCCUUCCCUGAAUGGGUGGCGCCAGUGACUCUCCUGGGCACCGCCAGCGUAGCUGUCACCUCCCUGUGCUACUGCUUUUUGACUUUGAUGCUGGCUAACCUGGAUCUUCUCCUAGGGAGCUGAGCCGUCAGCGGGACCUUCCGUCCUGCGGACGCAUGAGUGAGUGAAUCAGCCGGUGGGGCCUGAGAGUUUUCAGGACUCUCAACUUGGUAGAAGGUCUGGAGGGGCAAGGACUCAGUUUAUCUGCUACCCACCACCCGGGAGGCUCCCCCUGACCUAUGCAGGACAGGCAGGGGGCCGUGGCUGGGCAGGGCAGGAAUGACUCAAUGGCCCCAGGAAACUGUGUACGAGUCUUUCCAGAGGAGUUUCUUAAUGAGAUAUUUGUAUUUAUUUCCAGACCAAUAAAUUUGUAACUUUGCAGUGGCCUGUGUCUCUUUUCU